AUGGACAAAAGUUGGACAUAAAAGCAAGUAGGAUAAUUCAUAAUACACAACACUGUGUUAGGUAAAGGUCAAUAUGCUACAGUAUAUUAGGCCUUUUUAUAAAACGGUACUCCAGUUGCUGCCAAAACAAUCAUAAAGGACUAAAUACUUUAAUCAUGUUAAGGCGAUUAAUAACUAUAUGAUAAAUAAGUUGAAUAAAUACGACGCUAAAUUGGUAUAUAAAGAAAAGUUAAGCAUCCUUUUAUAAUAGAUUUUUAUGAUGUAAAAGAAACUCCAAAAAAUAUAUUAUUUUUUCUUAGAAUAUUGCGAUGGAGGGGAUCUUGA